CUACGUUACCCAUGAUACACAUCGUGUUGUGCUACGUACAUGUGCGCCGUGCACUCUCCUUUGCUUCAGAAAUGUGGUCCUUGACCGCCACAGUGCCUGGGCAGACUGGCAUGGCUUUCAGGUUUCAAGAUUAGCGCUAUUCGCAUCCCUCAACGCGUAACUUAAAUCUGUGUGGGUGACGGUGACAGCCACAGAAAAGGCAGAAGAUGAUGAUAAUGCAGUACAUCACUCGUGGCACCCUGCGAAAGAUGGAAGCGGUGCGUCAAUUACUGCCGGCUGUUGCUGCCCGCGACCCACCACAGUCGUUAUGCAGGUGCGCCUUCCGCCUUUCCCCUCCGCACCCCGCAGGCUGGCACUGGUUCUCCACGUCAUCGUCCAGCAUGGCAGCCAAUCAGCUCAAACAUCAGCCACCAGGGAGAGAAACGUCCAUUUCUUCACCUCAGACACCAACAGAUCAGCGAGACAAUGAUGGGCCCGGUGUUGAAGAGGUGGACCCUUUGCAGGACAAGUCCAUUGGUCUUGCUCAGAGAUUCAAGAAGACCUUCAAACAGUAUGGGAAGGUGAUGAUCCCUGUGCAUCUGGUCACGUCCUCAUUUUGGUUUGGAACCUUCUACUAUGCUGCUAUGAAAGGUGUAAAUGUUGUCCAAUUCCUGGAGAUGAUUAAUGUGCCAGAAUCACUUGUUGGACUAUUGAGAGAAUCUUCGAGUGGUUACGCUCUGACUGCUUACGCCAUGUACAAGAUCGCCACUCCCGCCAGAUACGCGGUGACUCUGGGCGGCACUUCUCUGUCUGUUCAAUACCUCCGAAAGCACGGCUACUUAUCCACACCGCCGCCAGUCAAAGAGUACUUCCAAGACAAGAUGGAGGAGACAAAAGAGAAAAUUUCUGAAAAAAUGGAGGAGACAAAGGAGAGGUUCUCCGAGAAAAUGGAGGAAACAAAAGAACGCUUCUCAGAGAAAGUGGAAGAGACUAAGGACAAGCUGUCAGAGAAGCUACAGGAAACCAAAGACCGAGUAUCUGAGGGGAAAGCAUUUUUUCGGAAGAAAAAUGAUUAGGAAGCGUUGCAGGUGGUGCCUCAAUAAAUGAUCCAAUUAAGGUCUGAAAUAAUCAGUGAUUUGGGGCCACCUCUGAGACUGGAGGGAAUUGAGCCAGAUGCAUUUGUCCUGAAAAUGUCACCUCUCACAGCCUGCUCUCUCUAUGUUGUCUACGGAUUAGUCAGAUUCCUGUCCUGCGUGUGCCACACGUGCGACAGUCCGGUCCCUAGUGGACACCAUGCAACGGCUUGGUAAACUCCCGGCACGGCUUCCUUCUGGCUGUGGCCCCUCCGUCUGUGUUUACAGCGGCUCAAGCGAUGGGAGCUUUAACUUUUUGUAAUGUAUAAGGAUGAAAUAAAGAUAUGGCACCCUGAAAA